CUUGAAUGUAACAACUAUAACUGCACUAAGGGAAAGUACUUCAUCCAGAACACCUUCUCUGCCCCUCACCACACCAAGUGGGCAUGUCCCUUCAUGCAAAGCAUGCUGGGAGCCUGCUCAGGAUUUGAGGAUCCAACCUUUGGCUACAACAGCACCAUGCCUUGCGUCAUCAUUAAGAUGAACAGGAUCAUUGGGUUUUUGCCUUCUAAUCACACUGACCUUCCCCCAUAUGUCAACUGCACUGUACUGGAAGGAGAGGACAAUGUGGCCAAUGUCGAGUAUUUUCCUGAGAGGGGACUUCUGGAUCUCUCUUACUUCCCAUAUUACGGAAAUCUGGCACAGCCUACCUACGUCAACCCGUUGGUGGCUGUUCGGUUCAGCCUGGUCAAAGAGAAGCACGCCAAGAUCCAGUGCAGAGUGGUCUCCGACAAGAUCAGCUACGAAAACUUCCAUGACCCCUAUGAGGGAAAAGUCAUCUUCUACCUCAAAGCAGUGAAAUGAGCAACAGAACAGAGCCUGAAGAUUUCCUUUAGUCAUGUAACAACUCACCUGUCAGUAUCAAAGACAGAGCAGGUGUCUACAGAUCAUUUGUGAUUAUUACUUAACAACCUGUAAACCAACUUAACCGAACAGCGUAGGCCCACUUGUAAAUCUCUGUGCUGUGUGGUGCUUUUGUUUAAACUUGAUUUAUCAUGGUUUGAGUGAUUCAUGACCUUCUUUAUCAUGUGAUUUGUAGGUUUAACCAUGAUAUGUAAUCUAAAUCUAUUGUUAUCCAUCUUAAUAUUGUUGUCUAUUGUUAUGUAACCCGGUGCACUCAAACAAACUUAA